UCAUCCAUGAGCAGCUUCUUAUCCAAGACCUCGUCGGAAACAGUUUUAUUCGGCUCGAUUCUAAGAGCAAAUAUAGUAUUGUAAUUAAAGGCUUAUUAUGGAAACGUUUCCCGCUGUACAAGGCGUCUUUUGGGGAAUUAGUGUGUGAAAAUGUGUAUCUUAAGUUUAUAUAUGUGACGCUUCUUAGACGUGUGGGUUGUCCCUGUGUCCAGCUGAGCGAGACAACAUGGACCUGAGAGACUGAAGCGGUGUGAGGACACAACCGGAGAGAGAGGCGGAGUGUUUCUGCUUCCACUCCACUUACCCCCAGUCUUCAGGGACAGGAGCCGUACACAGCUCAGAGGACUAAGGUGCCACAGGCAGAGGAGCUACGAAGUAACAACAUCUUCCUGUGAGGUGAGCUGAGGUGGGACGCGGUCCUCUACGUUCCUGCUGGUAUGGCUCAAUACCUGAGGCAUUUCACCACUGUUGGUGAUGAGCAGCCGUCUCAGUUGGAAGAAGAGCUGCAUGACGUCAGUGAGGAGCUGAGCCCGGCCACAGGACUGUUCCCAACAACACUGACCUUCAGGGAUUCACUGAAGAGACUCUACAGCUCUGACCGGUUCCAGGUGUUGGUGGUGUGUUUGGUCAUCCUGGAUGUCAUGUUUGUUCUGGCAGAGUUGAUUAUAGAUCUGUCUGUUAUCAACCUGAAACAUGAACACAUUGCUGAGGUGUUUCACUACCUGAGUCUGGCUGUACUCACAUUCUUCAUGGUGGAGCUGGCUGGUAAGAUUUUUGCUUACCGCCUGGAGUUCCUCCAACACAAGUUUGAAGUAUUUGAUGGUUUGGUGGUGGUGGUGUCCUUCGUGUUGGACAUUGUCUUCAUUUUCCACGAGGAUGCCUUUGAUGGGAUGGGUCUCCUCAUCCUACUGCGACUCUGGAGGGUGGCCAGAAUUAUCAAUGGAAUCCUGUUGUCAGUGAAGACCCGUGCAGACCAGAGGCUCCACAAGCUGAAGGAAACCUACGACCACCUCGUUCAGAGAAUCACAGAGCUACAGGAGCGCACCGAUAAACUGGAACAAGAUAAACAGAAACUUGAAGACCUCCUGAAGAAGAACAGCAUAGACUUCUAACUCAUCAAAGUAACUUCAGUGGACCUACUGUUCAAUGUCAUUUAUAUUAUGUUCCUUUCUGCACCAUUGUUUUUAAUUUUCAAACUAUAUACUCCUUCAUAAACUUUUAUUGUAGACCUUAUUUCAGUAUUCCUAUUACCUGUUCACAGAAUCUUUACUAUCAACUGUACAGUUGGUUGUAGACAUUUAGUGUAAUCUUCUCAUUUUGAAUAUCAGUCGAAGUGUGUCCAUGGAAACCUGGAGUGAUGGAAACCAGUGAAAGUACUGCAUUUAUCUAAUGAAUGCCAAAUAUUCUGAUGCUACUGGAUAUGACUAUAAAGCUAUGAGGCCACAGCCUUAACUUGCCUGUAAAUAAUUGUAACUUUCUUUAUACUGAUAACUUGCACAUAAAACAAAAUUUACAUCUACUGAGUGACAUUGAGAAGAACUGUAUGUUUUGUAAAAAAAAGGAUUUCAUUUAUUCAACAAUGUUAAAUAAUCUUACAAAGAUUAUAUGUACAUUAUUAACAGUAUUAAAUUGAUUGUACAAACAGAA